CUGUCUCGAAAUUUUGGCGGUGGAACCAGGUCUGGACCGGGCCGAGCCGUGCCAGGUCAGAGCGCGUUAACACCAAGGUAGAGGCAGAUCCGGCAAGGACAGCGUAUAACACCAAAUUCAUGCGGUAAAUCUGGCCGAUGACAACCAGCUGAGUAGCUGGAGAAAAGUCGCUGAAAGUGGGAGAAUUAUACCUGGGAUAACUGGGAUGGAAAUUAAACCCGAGGUUCUGCAUGGCACCUUCUCUGCAAAGCAGGCUAUGGAUCCAACAAUAUCAUCUUAAUCCAUAUUGCUCCUUCUGUUUUUCAUGGUGAUGGUUCAACUGAUGCCAGUGUGAUUCAGCCUAGUGAGAUGUGAUGGAUUUCCGGGGCAAAAAGUAUGAGCGUGGGAGUAACUGGUCAGACCCUGAGGUGGUUGAGCUGCUGCAGCUUUGGGCCGAUGAGUCUGUUCAGAUGGAACUGGAGAGUUGUCUGAGAAACCAGCAUGUCUUCAACAGGAUAGCUGAAGUCUUGAGGGAAAAGGGGAUCCACAGAACAGGAGACCAGUGCAGGGAGAAGAUCAAGAAAAUGAAACUUGAAUACAGAAGAAUUAAGGACAACAACAAAAUCUGUAGGGGUGGACGGACUUGGAAGUUCUUUGAAGUGAUGGAUAGAGUUUUGUCCAAUAGGCCAAAUAUUUGUUACAGUACUGUGGGUAGCACAGUGAUAACACAGCAGAUACCACCAGGUGUAUUGGCAGCAGGAGAUGGUUAUAUUCAUCAUCACCACCACCAUCAUCUUACUUCUCCACAUGGUAUUUCUCAUUCUCACCAUCCUCAGGAGCUAAUGGAUAUUAAAUGUGAGGAAGUAGACUCGGACGAACGUAGUGAGACACCUGAACCACCACCGCCAAUUGUACUUCCGCAAGCUGCGGAUGAUCAUGGGAUGGAUGGGAGCCUUUUGGAAGGGGGACAUCAUGAUGGGUCACCAGCCACUAGGCCAGAUAUUCAUACGGAGAAUGCCAUUUCUCCAUCAGGUUACAUGGACCCAAAUGUAAGUGGUACUUCUUCUGGCAUUCCGACCUCUGGACCUACUUUUUCUGCACUUCACAGACUUCGUCGGAAAAGGAAGCCACCCCGCAUGAAGGAUCCUUUGGAUGACAUUCUUCUCAAGUUUCUGACAGCACAAAGAGUGGUGGAGGAACGUUUCCUGCAAAUGGAGGAACGAAGAAUGCAACGGGACAUGGAGCUGGAAGACAGGCGGAUGCAGUUAGAACAACGUCGAAUGGAGCUGGAGAGGGAGCAUGAGUACAGAAUGUUCACCAUAUUUGCUCAGAUGGUGAAUGCACUGCGCAAUGGUGGCUCCCCACAGACCUCAGGCUUGGAUCUCUCUCAGGCCUUCUCACAGUCUUCUGGUCAAGCUACAGGACUAGGCAGUCACCCAUCCUCCACUUCUGCCUUGAAAGAUCGAAACAGUAGAGUAACAUCGUAUCGGAGCAAAUCUCUGCCAAAUGGACUGAAAGAUGUCCUGUCCAAUGCAGAACAUAAUCCAACAUUCCAACAACCUGAAUCUAGCAUUUAUUUAUCAAAGAGAGGAAAUGAAAUUAAUUCCUUUGGAAUAAUUCAGGAGGGUUAUAAUACCUACCAUGCAGAUAAGCAUGAUGAAGAUAAGAACCCUAAUGGCGUUAUUAAUCUGGGAACUAGUGAGAACAAGCUGUGCUUUGACCUGCUUUCUGAAAGGUUGAUGCGGGCUGACAUUUAUCAGAUAGACCCUCCACUCUUGCAAUAUCCAGACUGGAAAGGGCAUGAGUUUCUUCGUGUGCAAGUGGGAAAGUUUUUGACAUACUAUUGUAAGGCACCAGUGCUCCUCAAGCCUGAGAAUAUAGUGGUGGUUAAUGGUUGUGGUUCUCUGUUUUCUUCACUGUCUGCUGUGCUGUGUGAUCCUGGAGAUAAAAUUCUACUACCUUCUCCAUACUAUGGUGUUAUCAAGGAUGAUAUAUUUCACUACAGUGCAGUCAAACCUCUACUUGUGCAUUUGGAGAGCAAAGUGACUGAUGAAGAAACACGUCCGUUUCAAUUAACCGUAGGAAAGCUUGAAAACUCAAUGCAGAUUGCAAAGCUACAGGGUACCAGGGUCACAGCAAUGAUUCUGACAAAUCCCCACAAUCCCUUGGGUGAUAUUUAUUCUGCAAAAGAAAUGAGAGAGUUUCUUGAGUUUGCCAACAGAUACAAGUUGCAUGUAAUUGUGGAUGAAGUGUACAUGUUAUCGAUAUUUGGUGAUGUGGACUCAUUCCAAAGUGUCCUCAGCUUUGAUAAGCUUCCUGAUCCACAGAGAACGCACGUAAUGUGGGGAAUUAGCAAGGAUUUUGCAGCCAGUGGAAUUCGUGUUGGUACACUGUACACUGAAAAUGCAGACGUAAUCAAUGCCCUCGGACAGUUGGCAUCCUACCAUGGUGUUCCAGGUCCCACGCAACAUAUGGUAGCACAGUUACUACGAGAUCAAGAUUGGAUCAAUCAGGUGUUUUUGCCAACAAAUCGAGCCAGAUUGAAAUCUGCCCACAAGUGUGUAGCAAAUGAACUCACAGCAAUGGGCAUUCCUUUCCUGAACCGGCACGCAGGCUUGUAUAUCUGGGCUGAUUUCAGAAAGUACUUAAAGGAUCCGACAUUUGAAGAAGAGGAAAAACUAUUGAAGCAGUUAGUCAAGAAUAAAAUUCUUCUUGUCAACGGGAAAUCAUUUGGCUGCUGUGAGCCAGGCUGGUUCCGUAUCGUAUUUGCUGAUGAAACCUACCGGCUACAGUUAGGAAUGCAGAGGCUUAGAAAGGUUCUGGAAGAGCAAGAUUCAGAAAUCCAGUCGAUUGAAAAGGGACCGAAUUCUGAUUCUGAGAAUAGAACCAAAAUUGCUGAGGAUGUAGUAGAAAUUGGUGUUCAGCAGUCUCCACCUGAUCCUGCUCUUGAUGGUCUAAUUGGACUGCUGCGUCAACAGAUCCGAUCAACUGACUGGUUACAGAGAAAUACACCUGAACAGUUUGCUCAGGAGAAUCCAGAAGUUUACGAUGUUUUCUGCAAACUUGUAGAGAAAUAAUCUGCCUCUGUAAUUUUAGAAAAUGCGUUGACUGGAGUUCAAUAGUGAUUACUUUCAAAUUUGUAAAAUACUUGUAGCUUGUUCCUCAUGACUUACUAACCCUUCAGCAAAUGUGGGAAGGGAAACAGUUCUUAACACUGAAGUGAAACUGUUUGACACUGCUGGUAUUUUACAAUUUUUUUUGCCACCUAUUUCUAAUUUUGCCUAUUCAUUCAUCCACCUUCCCCAGUAUAUGAUGACUAAUUUAUGAUUGUCCUCAUAUAUUUUACUAUGUGAUGCUUUCAGAAGUUUCACUACCACGUAUUGCUUUGUCAAUAUUCACAAUUCUGUUAACUGAUUUUGAAUUAAGAUAGAAGGUAGGGGAAUGUGAAGUUUCACCAUCCUUGUUAAUGCGAUACAGUAAGACAAUACGCUAUCCUGAAUGAUGGCUGAAUGUGAUGGGAUGCUGAGAAAUUUGCUAUAUACUGCUUCUUUAUAUAUCCACUUAAUCAAAGAUGUGACUUACCUUCUCUAGGAGAAAUGAAUUAAUCUUCUUAAAAAUACUUUUUUGGUGUUGUCAUCUAUUCACAUAGUUCCCAGACCAGAUCUUUUCAUCAUGUUAUUAAAUUGUAUGCAAUUCUAGUUCAUAAAGUUGAUUUUAAUUCACCAGCAGGACAAUAGGAAGGAAGAUUGUCUCUUCAAUAGUGCAUUGGGUUGGAUGUCAUUAUUGAUCAUUCCUGGCACCUAUGUUGCAAAAUUUGCAAGAGAAGUUCAUUGUUUUUCACUUUGUUAAUGUCUUUGUGGAAAAUUCAACCCAUUGUGGGGCACCAAAACAAAACAGUCUGACUAUUUUAAAGUAUAGGCCCCAAAAUAUAAUAGUAAAAGGAAUGAAUGGUCUCCUUCCCUUCUAUGGAAACUAAUCUUCUGUGUACCAAAACUCAAAGAUCACAUGCAAAGACGAUCCUCAUGGUCUUUAUAUUAAAAGGACAAGAUAAAUAUUCUCGCAUGUACUGAAGCUAUGAGCUCAUUUCUUAAUGGGUCAAGUUUAGCAAUAAAAUUAAUAUAUAGAUUUGCUUAUCUGUAGAGCUCCAGAUUAAUUAUUUUCGAGGAGAGACGAUAUUGGUUGACACACAAGACUAUCAAUAUUUUAGAAUUACUCAAAAAAAGAAGUUACAUCUGCCUAGAAUGAGAGUGAGGAGGGUAGAGCCUGGAUGUCACAAUGAUUGAAUUCUUUGUAUGUUCUGAUAACUCUGUCUUGUGAUUCCCUCACUUCCUUCACCCCCACUAUUGGUCACCUUGCUUUCAACCAUUACAGUCCUAAUCUCUGGAACUCUAGCUCUUUGCUAAUUCUCUCCUCUUUUCAGAUAAGCCUGAAAGAAUACCCCUUUGCCAAAGUUUUUGGUCACCCAUUUAAUCUUUCCAACUUUGGUUGGCUGCUUAUUUUUUUUUUGAUAGUGUUCCAUUAAAGUGCAUUUGCUUUAUUAAAGAUUCUACAUGAAUGAAACAUUAUAUUACUGAUAUAACAAGGUGUAGAGUUGGAUGAACACGG